AAAUUCAAGGCCAAUAGUAUCACUUUCAUAUCACCAAAACAUUGGGAAAAAGCCCAUGACACUGACCACCACAACAUGUACUCUGUUCUGUGAACUCAACACACAUCCCUGAGUUCCCUCCUCCAAUCUCCAAAUUCGAAUCGUCAAUGUAAUGUUGUGAUUGAUUGAAACAAAUCUCUAAAAUUUCGGGACAUAAAUUCCCCUGAAUUUCGCCCUCACAAUUCUCACCAUGUCUUCUUCAUGUAAAACAAUCAAUCUCAUUCCUUCUUCCACCACCUCCUCUGCUUCUUUAGCUCGGAGAUAUCGAUUCAAGCGAGCCAUUUUGGUCGGGAAGAAGCAAGGUGGGUGCAGCACUCCGGCGCCGAUGUGGAAAACCAGGACAGGAUCACCACCUUCUACGGUGGCUCAGGCUCAUCACCACCACCGUGAACAUUUCACCAAAGCUGCCUUGGCUUCUUCUGGUUCCAGAGAGAAGGAACUUUCUGUAUCUGCUAGAAAACUUGCUGCUACACUGUGGGAAAUCAUUGAUUUGCCUCCAUCAAGGGUCAAGAAGGAAUCAAUGAGAAGCAGAGGAAAAGCUAAGCCACGUGUGGCAGAUCCUGAUUCAUCAUCUUAUAGUCCUUUCUCAAAGAGCAUAAAAGGGUUUGAAGUUGAUGGUUGCAGAAGAAGAGUGUCAGCCUUAUCUCAUUCUCAUCAACUUCAUUUUGCUGAUUACUACUUGAGAGGCCAGGGUGGUGAUUUAGUGGAGAAGGUAGGCAAUAAGGCAAGAAACAAGAAGAAUUGUUGUGUAUGCUCGGUACAUGGAGUCAAGAACCGUUUGAAGGAAGCUAGAAGUGACUUAUCUACAUCAAAGAAGCUUCUGAAGGUGUUAAGUCAAAUGUGCCUUCAAGAGCAGCAUUCAUCAAGCAUACCCCUUAUCAUGGCUAUGAGCACUGAGCUAGAUCGUGUCCACAACCAAGUUGAUCAAUUGAUCGAAGAGCAGAGUUCAAACCAGAGUGGUAUUAUAGAGCAUCUCAUGAAGCAUUUUGCAGAAGAAAAGAUUUCUUGGAAAAGAAUGGCUCAGGAAAAGAUUGGCGAUGCCACGAAGAGGAUAGUAGAGGAGCUAGAGGUUGAGAAGAAGCUAAGAAGGCAAAGUGAAAGGUUGAAUGAGAAGAUUGCAAGAGAAAUGGCUAAUGUGAAAUCUUCUUAUCUAAAAGUGUCCAAAGAGCUUGAAAGGGAGAAGCGUGCAAAGGAGAUUUUGGAGCAAAUUUGUGAUGAACUAGCCAAAGGAAUUGGGGAAGACAAAGCACAGGUAGAGGAAAUGAAAAGGGAAUUGGCAAGAGUGCGAGAAGAGGUGGAAAAGGAGAGGGAAAUGCUUCAGUUAGCGGAUGUUUUGCGCGAGGAAAGAGUUCAGAUGAAGCUUUCAGAGGCUAAAUAUCAGUUUGAGGAGAAAAAUGCCGCGCUGGAAAAGUUGAGAAAUGAGCUUGAGAGCUUUUUCAGAAGUAAAGAAGAAAAGGUUGAUAUUAAUCCUGAGUUUAGAAAAAUCAAGGAUCUCGAGGCGUAUUUAAACAAGGCCUUUUCGGGGUUCCAAAAUCUAGAGGAAGAGAAUGAAAAUGACUCGGGUGAAAGUGAUCUUCAGUCCAUUGAAUUGAACAUGGACUGUGAUAACAAAAGUUUCAAGUGGAGUUAUGUUUGUGAUAAUGUUGUUCAAGAAUAUGACGCAAAGAGAGUUUCAUUUGAAAAAGAUGUAGGGAGGAGAUCUUUCUCAGAGAGAAUCCAGUGGGGGAGUAUUUGCUUCAACAAGAAGAGGGACAUUAUUAAAAAUAUUCAGCAAAAUUGUGAUCAGCUUAAUGAAGAAACUGAGAGCUAUAGCUAUAAGCCUGCUCAAAGAAGUGGUCAAUUUAGGACUUUGCAGCAGUACAUUGAUGGAGAAGCAGGGGAAAAUACUCUGGCUUUGGAGGGGCUCAAUCUGAAGCAAGAGGCUGAACAAAGCAAAAUGAAAGAGUUUUGAUAGGUUAGUGUAAAGGUUCUGCUUAUUUCGGUUUAAACUGUUAGUGCUUUCUUUUUGUGGUGGAGUUGUUCUUGAAUUUGGAAUGUUUAAGGCUCAUCACUGUCUUGUGUUUUAUGUCAAAAAAUUGUAAGUAUUGACUAGAACUACACAUAGCAGUUUUGGCUCUAAUUAUUUAUUUGUACUGGCUUUUUCUGGCUUCAAAUAUGAUUGAUGUUUGAAAAAGCUGUUUAAUCCAAUUGGACUUGUUUUGCUGGUUGUAAGCAUUCGAGUAAGAGAGAUUUCCUUUGUCUCAAACCGAA